AGACCAGACUGACUUAUAACUAUAUGUAUCUUUUUACACACACCCAGGUGCUCAAAUUCAACACACCAAAAAAACAACAAAUAAAUUUUAGAGAAAAAGGGGAUUUUCUUAUCAAAUGCAAUAACAGAAUUAUUUCCUUUUGUUGAUUGGUUGUUAAGACAAUUUUAAAACAGAUUUAAAGUUUUAAAACAAAAACAUUAAGGGGUUUAGUGAAAAACAAACACAUAAACUUAUCAACGGCGAUAUAUCGACUUUAGUGGACAUGAAGUAUCUACCUAUAACAUUAAUAUAAUAGUUCAGCUAAAAACUGUCAAUUAUAUAGUAAGGGUGUGUCCUAUAGCCAUUAUAGCCAUAGCCAUUAUACCCGUACAAUAUAAAAAGUCAGUACAUCCAGCAAAGGUGUUUAUUCAAAACAACCUCAGUAAUAAAGGACAUAUUGUUGGAUAUAGGGACCCAACUUUUACUAUCAGGUAGAUACAAAAGAAUCAAUUUAUUCCUUUUAUUAAAUGAUAAAAUAUUGUAAAUUAUAUAAAACAUCAAUCAUCAAAUAAAAGUAAAAUUUUUGUAUAAAAUUUCUGAUUUUUUAAAUUCAAAAUUUCUUUGUUCUUCACAAUUAUCUUUUGAUAAAAAACAAACAAAAACAGUUAUUUGUUUUAUGCCAAAAAUAUGAUGCUGGCUCCUACUGUUUUCAAACUUUUAUCUAUCUUUCUGUCUUUUUAAUUAAUAAUAUAUUUUGUAUUUCAAUGAAAAAGGCAAUAAAAUUUGAUAACCUGCAAAAAAAAUUUUAACCAUGGAACUUUUUUUAUUUUCAUAGAAAAGCAUAAUGAAUGCAACUUUGCUGAACCAGACUUGGUCUAACGACAGUGAAACAACCUUGCAAAAUGUCACUACCCCCAUUGAUGAUGUGAAACCAACCAAGAAUUCUCCAAUGUCAUCUAUAGAUUGGGAAGAUGAGAAAAAAGCAAUGUACAACAUUGAGAUCAUUCUUCAUUGUAUAUUUCUAGCUGUUGGAUUGGUUGGCAACGGUCUCACAAUAGGUGUACUUAUCUAUAAGAAAUGGAAAAACGUAACCUCCAGACAUAUAUUGAUAGCAUUGGCUGUAUCUGACACGGCCAUGAUAUGCAGUCAUACAUUCAACCAAGAUUUUCUUCAAGAUCUCUUUAAACUUGAUGUUAGGGCAUUUUCUGAUAUAGGAUGCAAGAUAUUCUAUAUUUUCUAUCAUACUUCAAAAAUGACCUCAUCAUGGUUUAUCGUAUUUCUCUGCAUUGAGAGGUUUGUUGCUGUCAAGUUUCCCCUCAAAGUUAAAAUCAUCAUUACUGAAAUGAGGAUAAAGGUCUACAUCAUUGUUGUCUACCUUACUAUGACUGGCUUUGCUAUAAUACUGAGUUUCUCAACAGCCACUGACAACAUGAUUUGUAAAAAGGACGCUAUAGCAUCAAAUGAGAAGCAAAUGUUUCGAGCAUUGAUGUUGGUCGAGAUGUUGCUGUAUUCUGUAGGACCAAUUUUUCUCAUGUCAGUUCUAACACCUAUCAUUAUUCUACAACUGUACAAACGAUAUCAGUAUAAGAAAGCUCUCACCAAUAAAACAGAGACCGGAAAAGAACGUGAAAUUCAGCAAUUGCAAGAGCUAAUUCGGACAACAACUGUUCUCAUUUCAGUUGUGGCAGCUUUUAUCAUAUGUGUGACACCAAUUACUGUUUUCCAGCAGGUAAAAUUCUGGCUACAUAUUAAAAAGAAAGAGAUGGAGAGAACAUAUUCUAUCUUUGUGUUCAGGGAGACUUCACAACGUUUAGAACAGAUCAAUUACAGCAUCAAUUUCUUUCUGUACAUUUUAACUUCUAACACAUUCAGGAAGACAGUGUUGGAAAUGUUGCAUUUAAAACAGAAUAUUAGAAAGAACAUCAUCAAAAAGUCAAACUCAGCUGACAAAUAUAGAGAGAGCCAAAGCAAAAAGGGCAGCACUAACAAACAAGAGCAGAAAAUAUCAAGUAAUCCAAAGACAUUGCAAAAGUCAGGACAAGAAAACAACCAACAAGAGAACAACCACCCAGAAACAACCUGUAAGGAAACUGUCAGGCUGUCAAGUACUGCACAGAAUAAUGAUCACUUGCUACCACCUGGCACUGUCAAACCAACUGAUAGUGACAUGGUAGACAACAAUGAUAAGUUAGACGACAACUUUUACCCAAUCUGCACACAUGAACAAGCUGUCAACAAUUUACCAGUACAGGUUGGUCAACUAGAUCCACAUGAAAGUAGUUUAGAUUCAGACUUCACUGAUGGAAAAUAA